GGAGCAGCAUGAAACCCUACAAGCAAGCAAGCAGAAUUUUUCUUUCCAUAUUUAGAUGAUUUCGUGCGAGGAGUAGGAUUCGAAGAGGUCGUCGGAGCCAACCAGCCAGCCUGUGUUGGAUGUUCGAGGAGGUCACGCUGAGGAUGCUGCUGUGCUUCUUCUUGAUUGGUUGGGUUGUCAUUGCUAUUAGCCUUUUUUUUGUUUUUAUAUUUCGACUGGGAAGUGUAUAUGUGGACUGGCUUGAGGUUGUAGGUUUAUUGUGAGAUUUCUAGCUUCGGCUAUGCCGAUGAAUUAUAAUUGAAAGCAUUGAGUAUUGGAGAUGGUUAGGUGCGAUCUUGUGAAUUCCCUGUGUACGCGGUUGUAAACGGUCGGUGAGACCUGCUGCAGAGGUCGUCUGAGCGAUUGCUUGAUUAGAUUGAAGUGCAGCUUGUAGAAAUGAUUGAAGGUGGAAUUUGCUAGAUCCUUUAUUAUUAUUAGUUUAGUUUAGUUUUGCCAUAUUUUUUAUGACUCUGAUGUAUAGGUUAAACCAUUCUUGUAUCUUAUGCAAGCAUUAUCUCAUGGUGCAGUGUAUGUAACGUAGAGCAAGUUUUCUGUGCCAUCCUCUUUUCUUGACCCCCCCCCCCUCUCCGUAUUUUAAAAUUUUAUGUUCUUAUGUUCUUAUUUUUUAUUUUAUUUUAUUUAUUUGCGUGUGUGGGAGAGAAGAUGUGAUGAGAAGAGCUGAUGUCUCAUUCUGAUUUUAGAGGAGUUCCUCAAGCACGUGAGUCUUCAAUGAGCAUGUUACGUGAUCCGUCUAUGGCGGUUUUAGGCCUUCAGCAGAGACUAAGCUCGACGUAUCUUACUUCAAAUGGGGAGGACCCAAAUCAGGAUCAGGACAGUAAUCUAUUGGAUAUCAUAGAAGCAGCAGAGUCCGCAAUUCGUACUCAGGUUGCAGAAAACGAGGAGUUGAAAUUUGCUUUGGAAGAAGCUAAUAGGGAGCUGCAAAGGACUAAUCAGCAAAUGAAAGUUGGCCCUGAGAAUACAUAUUCAUCCGCACAAGCUUCUCAUGGACGCAAUCCGAACAGAGUAUCGGAUUAUAAAGAUGGACAUGCAGAGGCGGUUUCCCUGUUCAACCAUCAAAAUGCGUUGACAACCCCCUUCACAGGUGUUGCUUCUUCGCAUCUUCGACAAAGUAACGAUGGUGAGUAUCACGCUGCAAGUGUCGAUCCCCUUUUCGGUGCACGCACCAAUGGAGUACCUGAUACAGAAUUUGGCCAGUUCCCUCCAUAUUCGACUUCAGCAUCGAACUCGACUUUUGCGUUUCCACGAAAGGGCGUUGAAGCAGAAAAACAAAAUCUGUAUCAUGGACAGGAUUUGCCAGACAUUAACAACAAUAGCGGCUACCGCCGACCACAAGACUUGUUGCUAAGGCUCUCAAAACCUUCAGAAGAUGAAGAAUCAAAUCAAACUUUAGCUCGACGCCUAAGAGAUGCAUCCUUGAAGGAAUCUCAACUUAUCAGUGAAAAGAGGACACUCGAGCGUCGGGUUGCAGAACUACGACUGGCUUAUGAUCAGCAGGAACAAGGAUUAGUAGAUGCAGCAUCCAAGGCUCUAUCUUAUCGGCAAGAUGUACUUGAAGAGAAUUAUCGCCUCACUUUUGCUCUUCAGACACUUCUGCUUGGGAUGGUAGGACAUAACAGAGGACCACUAUGGACACUUCAGGUGGCAGAGCAAGAGAAGACAACGUAUGUGCAAAACCUGAUGCCUCUGUUGGCUGAGUAUGAUUUGCAACCUCUUGUCUCAGAUGCACACUCUGUGGUCAGCCAUGUUAAGGUACUUGUGCAAAAAUUGCGUUCGGAGUUGGAGACUUAUCAGAGUAAGGUGAAGGACAUGCAGUAUUAUUUGCCUCCCCGGCAAACUUUAUAUCAGCCACCCACAUUAUACAACCUUCCACCUCAGUCUCCUUCCUAUCGGACACAUGGGAUGGAAAUUGUGCCUCAGCAUUAUGCUGAAAGACCAACAUCUCCACUCCAACAGAUUCGUGUAGGAAGACCUAGUUCAGAGUCUGGAGUGUCUUCUCCUCGGUUUCCAGGAAAGCGUGAGGAUAACCUGCACAACGAGGCUAUUAAUUAUCAAGAGGAGCAGGCAGGUGGGCGAGGCUUUGUGAAUUACGACUUGGUCAAUUCAAGAGGAGGUGAAGUCUCAGAUGAUUUCGAGGGUGAUGAAGAAAUCUCUUUUGAUGGAUCACAGACUCCCACUCAAUCCAGGCGUGGGUUUUGUAACUUUGAAGCUGUCCGAUCGCCUCCACAGCUCCCUCCAUUGCCUGAGGAAACUACUUCUCAAGGUUUUGAAGAGAAUGACCCUCCUCCAGGAAUUGAGGGCCUUCGAAUAUUGGGAGAUCCUGUCUUGGGUGGUCGACUAACUGCGUGUGGUCAUCCUGUCAAUGGAACUCAUUUAUGCAUCUUUCAGUGGGUUCGGCAUUAUCAUGAUGGACAAGCAAUCGACAUUGAAGGGGCAGCACAAUCAGAUUACGUCAUCACGGCUGACGAUUGUGAUAAUAUCGUUGCUGUUGAAUGUGUACCUGUGGAUGAGCGUAACCGCAAAGGUGAAUUGGUGAAAGUCAUGGUUAAUGAUGGCAUUCCGAUCUGUCGAGAUCCGAUGAUGCAAGAUCAAAUUGAUCAAUACAUGACAAGUGCAAGAACUGAUGCUUUGUUUGAAGUAAACGUAUUGGAAGGGACAUCUGAAGACGUUUCUGAGCCGGGCACGCUGGUGCUGAGACGUGCUACAUAUGAAUUACGCCGCAAUAAUGGUCGGAAACAGCUCAUAAACGAAAAGUAUUCACCUUCGGUUUCUAUCAUCAUACCAGGAGGAGAUGUUCGGCAGUGUGUGAUCACUUGCCAUGACAGAAGAGAGAUUUACCUUGAGCUGCGAGAUUCACGGACCCGGGAUUUAGCUGUGCUGACUUUCCGUGCUUUCCUCAAGGCAGCUGUGGAUGAACAGGACAAGAAAAAAAAGAAACGAAGCACAUGGCUUCGCGGUUAAACUUCUUAGGUCACUAGAAUCAAAUUUUUUUUUCCGUUUCCAUGUGACCAGUAUUGAGUGGUCCUGUAUUGUUUGUGCCUUCUGCGGAUGUACUAUAGUAGGGCCUUGGGCGUACACUCUAGAACAUGUAUCUUUAUAAAAUGAUCUGUAGGGUAUGGCAAUAUAGUUUCGUUGCGUACGAAUGAUGAAAGAUCCAGCCCAAUAUUUAAGAAAAGCCCCUUGCAGGAGACCUACAGGUGUCAUUGAUGAUUUGUGUUGAAUGUAGCGAAAUACGCAAAGAAUAAGACAACGACUGUAAUCAAUUUCAUCUAAUUCUCUUUCUGGUAUACAAAAAAUUUCAUAAA